CUUGAUUUCAUUUCCACAAGCAAUAGUCACAUGACACGUUUCCUGUCAAGAUGGCGGAUAAUCUCCCUUCGGAGUUUGAUGUGAUCGUAAUAGGGACGGGUUUGCCUGAAUCCAUCAUUGCAGCUGCAUGUUCAAGAAGUGGCCAGAGGGUUCUGCAUGUUGAUUCAAGAAGCUACUAUGGAGGAAACUGGGCCAGUUUUAGCUUUUCAGGACUGUUGUCCUGGCUAAGGGAAUACCAGGAAAACCGUGACAUUGUGAAUGAAAACCCAGCAUGGGAAGAACAGAUCCUUGAAAAUGAAGAAGCCAUUGCUCUUGGCAGGAACGACAAAACCAUUCAACAUGUAGAAGUGUUUUGUUAUGCCAGUCAGGAUUUGCAUGAUGGUGUCGAAGAGGCUGGUGCACUGCAGAAAAAUCACGCUUCUGUGACAUCUGCGAACUCCACAGAAGCUGGGGAUUCUGCCUGCCUGCCUACAGAAGAUGAGUCAUUAAGCACCAUGAGCUGUGAAAUGCCCACAGGACAAACUCCAAGCAGUGAUCCAGAGCAUGCCCUAGAAGUAAAUGAUGUUGACACGACAGGGGAGAAAGAAAACCAUUGUGAUGAUAAAACUUGUGUGGCAUCAACUUCAGAAGAGGAAACAAAUGAAAAUGUGCCUACGGUAGAAGACAUCGCAGAACAGCCAAAGCAAAAUAGAAUUACUUACUCGCAGAUUAUUAAAGAAGGCAGGAGAUUUAAUAUCGAUUUGGUAUCAAAGGUGCUGUAUUCUCGAGGAUUGCUAAUUGAUCUUCUAAUCAAAUCUAAUGUUAGUCGAUAUGCAGAGUUCAAAAAUAUUACCAGAAUUCUUGCAUUUCGAGAAGGAAGAGUGGAACAGGUUCCUUGUUCCAGAGCAGAUGUCUUUAAUAGCAAACAACUUUCUAUGGUAGAAAAGCGAAUGCUAAUGAAGUUUCUUACAUUUUGUAUGGAGUAUGAGGAACACCUUGAUGAAUAUAAAGACUAUGAGAAGAUUACAUUUUCUGAAUAUUUAAAAACUCAAAAAUUAACUCCCAACCUCCAAUAUUUUGUCCUGCAUUCAAUUGCAAUGACAUCAGAGACAGCCAGCAGCACCAUAGAUGGUCUCAAAGCUACCAAAAACUUUCUUCACUGUCUUGGGCGGUAUGGCAACACUCCAUUUUUGUUUCCUUUAUAUGGACAAGGAGAACUCCCUCAGUGUUUCUGCAGGAUGUGUGCUGUGUUUGGUGGAAUAUAUUGUCUUCGCCAUUCAGUACAGUGCCUUGUUGUGGACAAAGAAUCCGGAAGAUGCAAAGCAAUCAUAGAUCAGUUUGGUCAGAGAAUAAUGUCUAAGCAUUUCCUUGUGGAGGACAGUUACUUUUCUGAGAACACAUGCUCGCACGUGCAAUACAGGCAGAUCUCCAGGGCAGUCCUGAUUACAGAUAGAUCUGUACUACAAACAGAUUCAGAUCAACAGAUUUCCAUUUUGACAGUGCCAGCAGAGGAAUCAGGAACUUCUGCUGUUCGGGUCAUUGAAUUGUGUUCUUCAACAAUGACAUGCAUGAAAGGCACAUAUUUGGUCCAUCUGACAUGUACAUCUUCUAAAUCAGCAAGAGAAGAUUUAGAACCAGUUGUGCAGAAAUUGUUUACUCCAUAUACCGAACUGGAGAUUGAAAAUGAAGAAGUUGAAAAGCCAAGACUUCUGUGGGCUCUUUACUUCAAUAUGAGAGAUUCUUCAGAUGUCAGCAGGAGCUCUUAUAAUGAUUUACCAUCCAACGUUUACGUCUGCUCUGGCCCAGACUGUGGCUUAGGAAAUGAUAAUGCAGUCAAACAGGCUGAGACACUUUUCCAGCAAAUCUGCCCCAACGAAGAAUUCUGCCCACCCCCACCAAAUCCUGAAGACAUCAUCCUGGAUGGAGACAGUUUACAACCAGGGGCUUCAGACUCCAGUGCUGUACUAGAGGCCAACUCAGAGACUCCCAAGGAAACUGCAAGCCUGGGAAAUCCAGAGGAGCCCUCUGAAUAACAGAAAUACACCAAACUGGAUACCUCAGUUUGGAAAUUCCUCCCAGCCUCAGAGUCUUCUUGAUAGAAGAACUGUUUGAAAAAUGUUGAAAAGCAGCAGCUAAUUGACAUGCAGAAUUACCAAAAGGAACAGGUCAUAGAAAUCUAAAAUCUAAAUUUUAUUUUUCCUAAAAUAGGACACAUAGUACUUGUAAAGCACAUUGACUUGCCUGCUUUAAGAUACCAAACCUGUGGAGUUAGCAGAUAAAAAUUAUAAAUGAAUUGAUUCCCAGUAAUACAGCUUUGGAGAUGAAAGUGAUCCUACACAUUAUUAAUAAUUCUGUGCUUUUAUGGCAGCUUUUGCUUCCCCUUUGUGUCUUUCUUUGAAAGCCACAUCUUCGGAAUCAGCUCACUUCUUUCCUUUGACUAUUUGAAUUAUAUUAUCUUUAAGGAUAUGAGCAUCAUGACACAAAUUACGAAAACAUAUGUAAAUGAAGUCGAGAAAAACUAAAGUAUCAUGAUCUGGCAAGAGCUUUUGUGGCAUAGAGGUUUGUUUUGUUUUCUAAAGAAGUAUUCAAAUGCUAAUAAUUAAAGUAGACAUUUUUAAGAAAGAAAUCAUGAGCCCAUUACUCAGUGUUUUUUAGUGUUAGUAGUGAUAUGUAUAUGUGAACCAUUUAUACAUUAGGAAAACUCAAUACUGAAGAAAUGGAAGGAAAGAUUUGGAUAGACCCAUCAGUAUUUGGAAAUUUUCUCUGGUCAAGUAACUGGAGCACCAGCGCAAGUGUCUGUAGACCUCAUUUAGUCCUGGCUAUGCUAAUGGAUGAUACUAGGCAAAUCAUGUAAUUUCUGGGCCUCCGUUUCUCCGUAUGUAAGAUGGGUAUAGGAAUACCCUGCCUAUUCUAUGAGAAUGAUUUUGAAGAUAAAUGCAGUGCCAUCUUUAAAAUGUUUUUUCUGGAAGAAAAGUUGUUUCAAAAUUUUCCCAUUGACUUGGAGGUGAAUAUCAAAAAUCUCAUGCAGCAAAUAAUUGCUGUCAACUCCCCCAACAUAGUAGAUCAUAGUGUUUUUUUAUUGUAUUAAGCUUUUAAAAUAAAAUUCUAUUUCCUGUAUUAGUAUUUUAUAGUCUUAUACACCAGUAAACAUAGUAACAUGUGGAAUUUUGGUUUUGAAUCUUAAUAAGGAAAACACUGCAAAUUCUUCAUAUUUCUUUUCCGAUAACUAAACCUGAAACCACCAAGGACUAAAUAAUAGAAUAUGACAAUUGCUAAACCAUAGUAUGCACUUAACAUAAAAUAUAGGGUUGUACAUAGGCAGCAAAUCUAGUUACAGUGACAGUGACUAUAUUAAAAGUUUUUCCAAAUGCUCUGAUAGUUUACUUGUUUUCAGCAAUAGUUUGGAUUUAACAACUUAUUUCAUUUCGUAAAUAUAUAAAAAGUUUAUUGUUGUGCAGUCUGGCAUGUGUUGCUGACCAGAGAGCUGUGGCUACAGUAGAAAGCACAUAGUUCUUACACACUUCAGCUGCAGUGAGGCUCUGACCUCUCCAGAUUUCUGGGAAGAUCUAGCUCUAUCAGGUCACAGACUCAUGGGAAAGAACCAAGGAAUGUAUCUCUUGCCUCACCUUUCCAACCUCCUGCAAAUAUAGCUGAAUCCAGAUGCAACGAAAACCUUCCCAGCCUUUCAGGCUACUCCUAACCCCUCUGCUCACUGUACAGCCCCUCCCCUAUCUCUUUAGUUCCUUCUUUCCCCCUCUUCCCCUUUUAUAAUACUAUACGAAUCAGGGACAGUAGAAUUACAUUAUAACCUUUGUUAUAUGGAUUCAGAUCUUUUAUCAGUCAAAUCAUGUUUUCUGAAUCCCAACUGUAGCAUGCACUGAAUGCACAAUACAUAGCUAUAAGCACUGGGUAUUGACCCUGCCCCUCAAUACCAGCAAUAUAAUAGGUUCCACUAUAUGAGAGUAUUAAGUCUGAAUACAAUUGCAGUAAGUUGCACCGAUUAAGAUAUUGUACUUUGUUAUAGUCUUAGAGUUAAGGCCUCUUGAAUGCAGCAUGCACAUUUAUGUAAACAGCUAAUCAGGGUGGGCCCAGAAUAACUAGAAAAAUUCUGGGAGCUUUAUUACAGCUAUCUGUAUGUAGAGCAAUGAAAGAGAUAUUCUGUAGUCGCGUGACCAAGCCCAUACUGCACCCUAUUUCAUCUAUUGACCAGCAUCAGAAUUUCUCUUCCAGGUUAUUUAGUAAAUACUGUUGAAAUGUUUAAAAGCUCCUGAAUAUGAUUAGUGAUGAUUAAGAUAGUACACGACUGUUAGAGAACUUUAGAUAUUUCCUGUUGCCUCAAAAUGUAGUAGAAAUUGUUCUAAGUGCUUUCUUUUCAGCUAUCUUAAUUACUGCAAAUAAAUAUUUGUUUUCUUAGUUUUAAGUCAAAUCUUUUGGUUAUGUUGUAAAACCAUAAGCCUGAAGUCAUAUAAAUAAAAUUAAUAUGUUGUACGUGAUGCAGAAAUUUCAGUAGCUAAUUUGAAAAUUUAAAAACUGCUAUUAUCAAAGAAUUUUGAUUCAUGUGUUUAAAAUGCUUAGUUAUGUAUGCAUGGUUCUUAUUAAGCAAAAAUGAUAAUACCAUCCAGUUCAGUGAUCAAUAUGAAAACCAGUUAUUAACCCUAUGUUGCUAAUGUAUAUUUCUUUAGUUGGUAUGCCUGACCAGAAAAAGAUAUAUAAAUAAAACAAACUUAUAUAUUUUUCUAUAGGAAACUAAGUUACAGUUUUCCUCAUCUCCUAUGAUACUUAGUUGCCCAUAGUAAAAUGGCCAUGUUAAUGGUUAACCUCUAGAAUGGUAGUUUCUGAGAUUGGCAGCCUUUGUCUAAAAUAAUGGCCAUGCUAAUGAUUAACUGCUAUCACAACUACAGUUCUUAAGAAGGUAGCCCUUUGUCCUAAGUCCUUAUGACCUCAAAAAAUUUUGUUGAAAUUGGAUUGCUCAAUUGUAAUGAUUCUUUAAAGCAGGAAUUAAGCAAUUUUCUUAACAAAUAAGUUAUUUACUGCUAUAGGUAUUGAAUAAUUUAUCUCUCUCCUCUCAGUUAAUUUUCUUAUAUGUAUUUCACAAAGCAUGAAUAUAUGAUUAUUCAUAAUUUGCACACUGUAGCAGUAAGCUUUCAGAGGAAAUGAAGUGUUUUAAAUGCCUUUUAGACAUGCUAUGCUAUUUUUUAAUGUUAAAGUUUUGUAUAUGUGCCAAGAAAUUAAAGACUGUCUUGGAACUGA